AUGUCUGAUCCUGCUCUCCCUCCAUUCCUGAAGACAUCUCCACCGCCGACUGCACCUCCAUCCUCAGCUCGACUACACGCGUUAUACGCGUCAACAUCCUCUCAGCGAACCACCAAUCCCACAGGCUAUGCUGCGAACUCGCAAUGGUGGGCUUCAGUCAUUGAAGAGACACUCAGAACAGGAUGGAUUAAUGGUGAAAGUGGGGACAGACUGAUAUUGAAAGUGGAUGAUGCGUUGCUAGGUCGAUUGGAAGAUGAACAUGGGAGAAGACCAAAGGGGAUUGGUGGUGUUAUUGAAGGUCUAACAUUGACAACACCUCCUACACUACAUCCCCCUUCCUCACUUCACAUCUUCUUUGACACCUUUGCAUGCCCCCCCCCCGACAAGGUGGGAAAGGAAGAAACGUUGUGGUCAAGGUAUGGUAAAGGUAAAGAAUACGUGCAUAUCCCAUUGUUAGAGCAAUUUGCUUCCUCCUUCACUUCUCAUAUAUCGAAGAACCCUAUCCUAUCCUAUACCGAUGCGUUAUUUGAUCUCGAUUCAUUCAGAGAAGAAUACGGACAAAUCUGUUUCCCUGCUAGUCCAAGUUCCAAGAAACUACCUGAAGGUACACAUAAAUUGUCUAUCAGAGAUAUAGAGGUUCUCGUCAAAUGGCUACAUAGGGAUUGCGGAGUGAUAGUGACUGACGGAUCGGUCAUCAAAGUGCUAGAACCCGAUCAGAUGCCUUCAGACCAUCCUAUCACUGAUGCUGAUCGUGGCGUCAUCUCCGUCAUCAAUGCUCAACGGAAAGUCGAGAAGCAGAUUCUCGGUAUAGAAGAGCAGAUCACCCAAUCUCAGGAGAAAGCCAAGAAACAGCUUGCCAAAGGGCAGAAGAAUGCUGCUUUAUCAUAUCUCAGAUCGAAGAAACAGUUGGAAGAUCUACUGGCUAAGCGAAUCGCAUCUUCCGAACAGUUGGGAGCUGUGAUAAGGAGCAUUGAUCAAGCUAAGGGUGAUGUAGAGAUCAUGGCUGCAUACGAAACUUCCACUUCGACACUUCGAUCAGUACUUUCCGACCCAUCGCUCUCACCUGAUCGAAUCUCAGCUACCACCGAUGCUCUCGCGGAAGCUAUGGCUGACCAAGAGGAGAUCGACCAAGCUGUCAGGAUCGGAGGUGAACUCGCCAUGGGAGGCAAGCGGGUCGAGGUGGACGAGAAUGAAUUGGCUGCUGAGUUGGAGGAUCUGGUCCAAGAGGAGAAAGUUGCCCAAGCUGCUGCAAAGGAACAACAGAAGAAGCAGGUGGAGAAAGAGAGACAAGAGAAGACAGAUGAGACUGCAGGCAGACAAUCAAUCCCCGUCAAUGAGAAACCAACAGUCCUACUACCAGCGCAAGGUCAAGUGGCAAAAUCGCAACAGAAUUUCGCACAGCAUGAUCAGUCGACGAAUCAGCAGAAGGAAGAACAGGUAUGGAAGGAUCGAUACGAAGAUGCUCAACAUCGUAAAGAAGCUGAAAGGAGGAGAAGUGAGGAGGAGAGAUUGCGAAAGGGAGAAAAGAGACUUGUAGCUGAGUAG